GAAAUUCUGCAAACAAAAGAACUUUAUUCAAUAGGAAACGAAACAGAAGAGGAGAAUGAUGUUACACCAUACGAUGGUCUAGUAGUAAGUUCUUUCUAGGGCUUGUGUUAAGCUAAUUAGAAUAAAAAUAAGGUUCAUGUUAAGAUCGAUUAGCAUAAUAAUAUGGUUUAUAGGUUUCAAUAUAGAACACACUCAAGCUUUUAGCACUAAUCCGAGUUUGCAGGAGAUGCUUGGAAAUAUUAUACGUAACAGGCAUAGCUUCAAUAAUCCAAGAUGGCGAACAGCUCACUUUUCUCAGUCGAAAUAUUUUGAAAAGUAAGCAAGAUAUAAACAAUCUGUAAUAGUGUUUAAUAUAUAGUUUUAAGAGUUCUUUCAAAUGAACUACAUGAUUACAUUUUAUUGCCAGUGUCCUUUAAAGCCCGUUCUCCACUACGCGAAUUUGUUCGCGCGACGCGAAAACCGAAAUCCGGCAACGUGAUUGGUCGGCGAAAAAAUUCGCGACGAAAAAGUAGGAUCGCUUCCUACUUUUUAUCUGUUCGCGCGAAUAAAUUCGCCUAGUGGAGAACGGGCUUAAGUAAGUUUAUAUAAAUGUAAGCGAGCAGUACCGCGGAUACAUAACCCGGGUUGCGGUCACAGUCAGUACCGAAAGUAUAAUAGCGGAUCGCGGAUGCUUUACCUAGGGCGCUAUAAAAAAAACAAUAAGUGUUCUUCUUUAAACCGGCUAAGCUUGCUACACGCAGGCGAGCGUUAGGUGACUUUGGCACCUAUCUCUGGUUGUAUUAGGAGCAAGUUUAUUUCUUUAACGCCUUGAAACAUUGCACUAUCCUUGGGAUCACUGAGUUCAGUUCCUGGGCAUAUUUUUGUUGAAUACUUUAAUACUCGUAUUAAGUAGCGAUUAAAAAUUCACAUUUGCACGGCGACCGUGCAUUUCGUUCCUAAGCGGUCGGAAACCAACAGCACGGAAACCAACAGCGCGAUUAAAAAUUCACAUUUGCACGGCGACCGUGCAUUUCGUUCCUAAGCGGUCGGAAACCAACAGCACGGAAACCAACAGCACGGAAACCAACAGCACGGAAACCAACAGCACGGAAACCAACAGCACGGAAACCAACAGCACGGAAAUCAACAGCACGGAAACCAACAGCACGGAAACCAACAGCAGGUUUGCGAAAACUGAGAGCAUCCGCAGGUGGCGCUGGCUGUUUAAGGCUCGGUCCAUACAAGCGAAGAUGCGAGUUCGAAUCCCGCUCGAGAAAGCGAAUUUUUUAUUGUACUCUGUAGUGGCAGAAUAAAUAUGAAACUAAAGGCAAAGGUGGAGGGUGGGGCGGGGGGUUGCUACAUGCAUAGUACAAUUCUUAAUCAAGGACAAUUUCCUUUAUCAAGGGCAAUCGUCGACCAUCAGGUGGAGCAUUAAUAACAGGUUUGUAUAUGUAGUCAACAUUAGAGGCAAUGGAACUUAUUUCAUUAUCUUUAUUAUAAUUAAACGUUUAUAUGUUUGAAAGCAUUGAGUUUUUGCUGAACGCCUUUGCUUGUUAACUUAACCAAUGACAAACAUAGUCCAUAUAGAAAUUUAAAAAACUCAAUAAUCCAUGAGGAAAAUACAAAAGAAAUGAAUGUUUGUUUAUUUUUAAAAUUACUUCGCCAAUGAACUCAUAAGAUGGGUCGCUUUUUAAGCGCGUUAAAACAUUCGCAUCCGAUCUUCAUCUGAUAUGCAAACUCUCGCCUUCGGCUCGAGUUUGUAUAUCAGAUAAAGAUCGGCUUGCUCAUGUUUUAACUAGUACAUAGACAUCUCUAUAUCUGUAUAAUGUUGUGUAAAUGCAUUGGGCGAAAUCUCAGUUUGUCUUGUGUUAAUUGCUCCGCAUACUACUGUACAAAGAGUGGAAAAACAACAUAUCGCCUUGCCACGGUAUGACCUAUUACAUGGCCUUGCUUUCUAUUCUGUCCUGCCAAUGUAUGAUCAUAUUAAUGUAUAAAUGCUCCUUGAACUGCUAAAUGAUACUUGCAUGGCAUCACAUCUGUUAGGCUAUCCAUGGCAAUAUAUGUAUCUGUUUAAAAUAUCUACUACUCAGGGCAAAUAGUGUAAAUUCUAUCUGGUGCAUAAUAUGCAAUCUCAGUUUUGAUUGAAACAUGUCAUUUCCCACUUUUAUUGCACUGCUAUUCACUUACGUAUUAUGUGUUUUAUACUUCCCUUUGAAAUUAAAUAUCAUACCUAAAGGAUCAGUGUCUGGCCUAUGCAUUAUUAAUGUGCUUUAUGGUGGUAUUUAUACUGCCAUAUAUUGCGUUAGAACGCAAAACUGAAAUUUUUUGUCAUUAACAUUUGAGAAGACCUGAAAUUGAGUUUGUUGCACUUAACAACAUUUGCAAAAAGUCCUGACAACAUGCAUUAUUUGUGACGCCAAAACCUUUCGUUCAAUGACGAAACUGGACAAAUUUGCAUACAUGGACGUUACUUAAAUAUGUGACUGUAUUCGUAGCAAAUACUAUAUAUAUAUAUAAUUAAUAUUCAUAUCAUAUCAUUAAUAUUCAGCAAAUAUAUCAGCAAACGCAAACGAUAAGAAAGACAUUGUCUUGUCUAUUAAUAAUAAUAAUAAACAACUUUAUUUCAUGAGGCUAACACGUAACAGCCAAUGCUGACAAACCAGUGGCCCUCCUAAAAACAUUCUAUCAAAUUACAUAUUAUGUUACUAUCCUAAAAUUAUAUUAUAUACAUUCACUAUGUAAUUACCAAAAAUUUGGUUGAUAUACUGCAGUUAGCAUAGAAUAAAAUAGAGUAAAAUGUACCGGUGAGUAAGUUUUACAUAUUUACACUAAAAGAAUAUGUUCGCAAAAGUUCCUAUAAAAUGUUUUCUAAGUGCAUUUUUAAAAGAACCAAUACUUUGUUUCCUCUUUAUUUCGGGAGGCAAACUGUUCCCUAGCUUGUCAUUUAACUUUAAUAUCUAUUGAAUUCAAAUGCGAGGAAAUACUUUUGAAAACUGCGCAUUUAGUUAUCUAUGCUUUGUCCAGAUUUGCACCUCAUUUAGGCUAUACACACGGCACUAGACACAUUUUGCCCGGAUAAAGUAUUUCUUGCAUGACCAAAUUAAAGCAAAACAUUUAGCGAACUCAGUCUACGUUGCCAACAUCGAGAAGAUUAGUUUCACAAGUGUCUAGUUAUUUGUUUAUCAAGUUAAAAUCUCGAAGGUUUUGAACGUUUAACGAUUUGCACAAGAUCGAAACUGGGUCACGCAGUUCCUGGUCCACUAUAGUACGAUCGUACUUGUUAUCGAAAGACUACGGUUAUGGAAAGUGACUACAAUAUACUGUAUUAUUAGAGCAAAAUGGAUUUGAGUUUCUCAUUGUAUACCUUUUGCCUUCGUGCAAGUAAGUCGAAUACCUAUUUCAGUAUUUAAUGACGCUUUUUUUCACACCAGGUCACAGGUCGGACACAUCCUUUCAUCCUGGCCGCAACACUCUGCUUCAUGUGACAGAAGCCCCUGCUGAAAUUCUUACAGCGUUAGAGGGUGAUUCGUUGUGGGAUUAUAACAUAAUUGAACUCGAACGAAUUACGAAUAAGAAGUAAGUGCUUAUUGUUAUUUCCAAAAUGUAUGUUAUAGUUUUUCUUAUGUGUGCAAUGGGAAAUUUGGCAACUAUGCCAUACAUAAGUUCAGUCAGCAUCCUGCCCUCGUGACAUUAUAGAGCUUUUCAAUGUAUGUAUCCGGUUCUUAGUCACAAUUAAUAUAAAAAAAUGUUUGUUGAAAAAUUACGUUGGCAUGAACACGAUACGUAUUUUAUUGCGUUCGUACACGUCGUGGACAUACUUAAAUUUUCAGUUAUUCAAUUCAGUUUGCUGAUUGUUUUUUUUUUAGUUUUGUUAAUUUUGCAGUUUGAGUAUAAUUUGAAAAGAUGAUAUUAACAAAUGAGAGUCCUGCGUACAGUUGGGCCAAAAAAAUAUGUGGGUUUCCGGUUUCUUCUUAUAAAAACUUAGGUAGGGUAGGUCGGUUUUAACUUUUUUUUUAAACUUUUUUUUUUAAUUUUCCGAAUAAGCGGACGUCAUUUUGUUUAGUCAGUGCUUCCACAUCCAAAGAUAAAUUUCCCUAAUAUUGCCUCAAAUUUCAAUUUUCCACAAACUUUUUCCUCUAAGUGGAAACACUUACAAGCAUGAUCCAAUAAAAAAGUUUAGGGUCGGGAUAUCGACGUCCAAAAGCUAGGUAGGGUCGGGAAACCGGAAACCCACAUAUUUUUUUUUGGCCUUGUGCAUUUGCAACAUAUGUAGGGGUCUAAUAUAGCUACUGUUCUAUGACACUUGAUUAAGAACUAGGAUAUUUUUAUUCAAAGCAUUGCAUCAGGAGCUAAAAAACUUUAAUUAAAACAGUUUUGUAGUUUUCCUGUGGAAGCAUUCAUUGUAUUAUUUUAUCUUAGGCUUGUUUCAAACUUCGUGCUUCUCAUGUGCCGAACGCAUUAGAAACAAUAGAUAAUGAGGUAUUUCAGCCGACUAUUGUUUUUAAUGCGUUCGGCACAUGAGAAGCGCGACGUUUGAAACGGGCCUUACUACUACAUCCAGACCAACAAUAUUGCGCACUUGACAUCUGAUACAUGCAAUCUUUUCGUGAAGCACUGGCUUUAGGAUCAAUUUGACAAAAAUAGUAUUCUAUCUAAAUACCAGUUAAAGUAGAGUGUGCAUGUGGACCUGAAUGGACCUAUUCCCUAAUGAACAAAAUUUUGAUCUAGACAAGUGUAGACAAAGAUUUUAUCAAAGCUUGAAGAGCAUCACAAAAUGAGUAAUAUUCCGAAGUUUCAUUGCAAAAUGUUGUAAAAUGCGGAUAAUAUAGCCCUGCGAAGUUUGCCGUUUUUCAGUCAUUUUGUAUUACGCACGGGAAAUUGAUACCUUUUUUCAGAAAGCGGUAUCAAUUUCCCGUGCGUAAUACAAAAUGACUGAAAAACGGAAAACUUCGCAGGGCUAUAUUAUCCGCAUUUUACAACAUUUUGCAACGAAACUUCGGAAUAUUACUAAUUUUGUGAUGCUCAUUCAAGCUGUGAUAAAAUUUUUGUCUAGACUUGUCUAGAUCAAAAUUUUGUUCAUAAGGGAAUAGGUCCAUUAUUCAUUAUCUUGCUUGACAGUGCGUCUAAAUCAUAGAUAUCUUAUAUACACUAGAUAGCGCAUCUCUUUUAGUAAAAUUGAAGCCAAGAAUAUUCCAGCGGUUACCCCCAUUUGAAUAGAUGGCGGCCAUGUUGGUCGUUCCCACUUGCUAAUAAACGCUUAGAAACAACAAUAACUUUCAUCAUUUGAAUAGUUUAAAAACGUAUUUGGAAUAGGGUUAACUUAAUGUUUAAGUUCCCUGUUUAAGAAAUAGAAAACAUACGAAUCUUCUCAUUUUAUGGGAACGACCUGAGACUGCAAUCACGGCUUCAAUUUUUGAAUUUCAGAAUAAUUAGAUGCACUAUCUAGUGUAUAUAAGAUAUCUAUGGUCUAAAUCCAUAAAAAACAUUUACAUAUUAUGCAAAUACUGUAUAUUUUCAAAAUCUGCCAUAUUUAUUUACAUUAGAGUCCAAGCGCAGCAAGCUUUUACGGCUCACGGCCGUGAUUUCCAUUGAUAAUAGGAGGGUAAGAUCGUCCAAUUAUUUCAUUGUUCGAAGCGAGAGGAAUUGAUACUUCCAUAUAUGGGACAAACGUGUCUCCAACUUCCUUAUAUGGCACAAACAUGUCCCCAGAAUGUUUUAUCGAGGCUACUAUGAUGUCAUAAGAUUCCUCACGCUCGGAACGAUUUGAACAAGUCACGUGGUACAUAACCCAGACAGCUGAUUGGGUUAGCGAGUGACAACGCCCACUUUGAUCCCACCCUCCUGUUAUUAGUGCAAAUCACGGGCGUGACUGUAAAUCGGAAAUGUGGGUGGUACAGGCAGUUGUCAUUUUAAUAUGGAGCCAUGUCAUGUCGUGUUAUGACUAUCAAAAGACUAUUGCUUCAAAGUUCACGUUCAAUGAGAUUGUUGUGUUUGAGAUCCAUGUUAAUAUUGUUUUUUUGUUUUCUCUUAGGCCAUUGUUCUACCUAGGCAUGGUAAUAUUUAGCCGUUUUAAUGCUCUUCAAUUCUUACAUAUAUCAAAAGAUUGCCUAAUGAAUUGGCUAAGGGUAAGUUUCCACAUUGAUAUAUUUUCAUUCAAAGCUUCAUUACAAUAAUUCUAAGACAUUGUGUAUGAAAAAAGCAGACCAACUUCAAUGUGUCAUUAGCCUGUGUAGUUAAUGUGUUUAAAGUAGAUGUAUCGUGCCUGCAGCUAUCAUGUGAGAGUCUCUGACGUCACAUAA